AUGGUGAGGUACGGCGUCGGCGACACGGCAGCGAAAGCAAAAGGAUCAGUAAACGAAAACCAUUGGUUUGAAAAACCACCGAAAAGGGGAUUCAUAGCCGGAAAAUUCGUCGAGUUUUGCAACAGAACAGAUUUGCACGGCUACAAGUAUAUUGUUAUGGAGGACAUCAAUGUGAUGGAAAGAAGUCUGUGGGCGCUGGCGGUGGUUUUGAGCGUCGGCGUUGCGGCGUACUUUGUCGUCACGGCCUACCGCUGGUACGCUCGGAACCCGAUAGUCACGGUGAUCGAGAGCACUCACGGCCCCGUCUGGGACGUGCCAUUUCCAGCUGUCACUAUUUGUGAUUUGAAUACCAUUUCUCGGCGAGCGGCGAAGGAGUUCGCCGCAAAUGUGACCCUUCCUCCUAACAUCACCGCGAAUGAUAUCUUCGAGUACGUCCGCUGGGCUCCCCUACUCCAUUCCUCGUUUCAAGCAAAUGAAACACAAAAAUGGAUGCUGAGCAAGCUGCAAGACGUACUAGAUCUCAAUAAAAUUUCAGUGGAGACUUUUUUCACCUACAUGUCGCCAGUGUCGUCGUGUGGGCAGCUGGUGCAGCGCUGCAUGUGGAAGAACACCGUGUACCGCUGCGAGAUGCUGUUUCAGCAGGUGUUCACGCAGCUCAACCUGUGCUGCGCGUUCAACUACUUCGCCGUCAACAUCUCGCGCAACACGUUUCCCGGGAGCAACGAGUUGGGGAAGCAGGUGGCGCCGCGUCGCGUGGCCUCCUGCGGCUACCAGACCGCCCUCACCGUGCUUAUCAACACCGCUCCUGACGACUACUACAGCUCUGCGGUGGCCUCGCAGGGCGCAUUGGUGCUGAUAGACGACUCGUACAACCUGCCGGACCUGGACUCGCAGGCGCGCAUGGUGAACCCCUCCACGGAGGUGCUGAUCUCGCUGUCGCCGGAACGCACGUACGCCACGCCCGGCAUCAAGUCCUUCGAGCCGGAGCGGCGGCAGUGCUACUACAACGAUGAGCUCCAUAUUAGCCAAUUCCGCCACUACUCUUACCAUAACUGUAUGGCUUUCAAGAAGGUGGAAUACAUAAAGAAAAUGUGCGAUUGUUUGCCAUUCUACUUUCCGACUUCAGACGAUCACCGCAAAUGCAACUUUAAAGACAUGGACUGUUUAGAGAAAAUAGGAUCAACAAAUGAAAGCGAACCUGAGCCCGACAACGCUAUGAAGUGCCUGCCGGAGUGCGAGCAUUACGACUACCCUUUGGAAGUGGCUCUGGGCAUGCUGGCAAAGCAAGCCAAACUGAAUGGGAUCGCAUUUUUUAACGACGCCAAUUUGGACAACCGCUCGCUCCUGAAUGUGUUCUUCAACGACUUGGUCUCGACCAGAUACCGACGCGAUGUUUAUUUGAACUGGCAAAACAUUCUCGCUUCGUUCGGUGGGCUCCUCUCUUUGAUGCUCGGCUUCACACUAACAUCUGGAUUUGACCUUGUCAUAUUCUUCACCUUUAGAAUAGCUUAUGACGCAUUGAAAACAAUUUCGUCUAAUGAAAACCUGAAACAAGACUACACCAGCAAACGCAGAGAGCCCUCUUUCGCUACUAAAGAGUUGUAUGUUGGAAAACCAUCGGAAUGGGAAACAGAAAGGCGCUACGGAAAUGUAAAAUACUGAAUGUACAAUACGUAAGCGUUGUGUAAAAUGCGUGCUGUAUUAAAAGAUCACUGUUGUAUUGAUUGACUAAUAAACAUAU